UCUUCUAUAAGAAGCGAGCGAGGUGUCCGUUCUGUGAGAGGCAAAACAAAGUAGAUGGGGUUGGGAUCCGUGGGGAUGGUAGGGAGCAUGAGUUGGGGAGCGGUGGGUCUAUUGCUAUUGGUGGUAUCGGCCGUGAGGGCUUUAGAGUGGGUGUGGUGGAGGCCUCGGCGGCUCGAGCGCGUCCUCCGAGCCCAGGGUAUCAAGGGCACCCACUACCGGUUCCUCCACGGAGACCUCAAGGACACGGCCCGGCUCUCCAACGAGGCCCGGUCCAAGCCUUUGCCUCUCUCUCACUGCAUUGCCCCUCGCGUCCUCCCAUUCCUCCACCAAAUCAUCAACGAUCACGGUAACAUAGUUCUCUCUUGGUUUGGGCCUUAUCCUCGAGUGAUCCUUAAGGAUCCAGAACUGGUAAGGGAGGUCUUUUCAAAAAACAAGUUUGCUCUCUUCGAGAAGCCAACCCUACACCCACUGGGGCAUUUACUGGUUAGAGGAAUUAUAAAUUAUGAUGGUGAAAAAUGGGCCAAACACAGAAGGAUUAUAAACCCUGCUUUUCAUCUGGAGAAAUUGAAGUGCAUGUUACCAACUUUUUCUAGUUGUUGUGAUGAACUGAUCAAAAGAUGGGACAUGCAUAUUGGCUUGCAAGGAUCUGGUGAAUUGGAUGUUUGGCCUGAAUUCCAAGGUCUUACCGGAGAUGUCAUCUCUCGCGCAGCAUUUGGUAGCAGCUUUAAAGAAGGCCAACGGAUAUUUCAACUCCUAGAAGAGCAAGCUGAGCUUCUUAUGAAAGUUAUUCAAAAUGUAUACAUCCCUGGUUUCAGGUUUUUUCCCACCAAGACGAACAACCGGAUGAAGGAAAUUCACAGAGAGAUUCGGGCUCUUUUGAGUCGAAUGAUCGAGCAGAGAGAGAGUGCCAUGAGAAAGGCAGGAGCUGCCAAUGAUGACUUACUAGGCUUGCUGAUAGAAUCAAAUUUUAGAUACUCCCAAGAACAAGGAGGCUCCAAGAACACUGGGAUGACCAAGGAUGACGUGAUCGAGGAAUGCAAGUUGUUCUACUUUGCUGGGCACGAGACAACAACGGUUCUCCUAACUUGGACCGUAGUUGUCCUAGGCAUGCAUCCUAGCUGGCAGGCUCGUGCGAGAGAAGAGGUUCUACAAAUCUUUGGAAAGAAUAAGCCAGACUUUGAUAGCUUGAGUCAAUUAAAGAUCGUGACCAUGAUUUUGUAUGAGGUUCUUAGAUUAUAUCCACCACCGACUUUUCUCUUACGGAAAACCUACAAGGAAGUGAAAUUGGGAGAUUUCUCCUUCCCCCCAGGAGUGCAACUCUUGCUGCCUCUGCUCUUCUUGCACCAUGAUCCAGAAUUUUGGGGUGAAGAUGCUGGUGAAUUCAAUCCAGAGCGGUUUGCCUCAGGAGUUUCGAAGGCAUCAAAGGUCCAAGGGGCCUUCUUUCCAUUUGGUGCGGGUCCUCGAAUCUGCGUUGGCCAGAAUUUUGCCAUGAUGGAAGUUAAGUUGGCUCUGGCCGCAAUGCUUCAGCAUUUUUCAUUUGAGACUUCCUCAUCGUAUGCUCAUGCUCCUUACAAUGUGAUAACUCUUCAUCCUCAAUAUGGUGCUCAGAUCGUCUUACACAGGCUCUAAAAUCAUCUUCGAUGCUACGGAGACUUAUUAAUAUCAUCAUAGUAAUCUUUGCAAUUAAAAGUUCAUCUGUGGGAUGUAUAAUCCACUCAUACUGUUUGUUUUGAGCGAGAUCCGUUCCUAGUGCUGAUACUUGCUCUGUUCGGUACUAGUAUUAUACUCCUUUCAUGAGGUGUGUUUUCCAUAAUAUUAUUAAACUAUGCAUUUUAGCAUGGAUUAUUGAGAAAGAGAAGGUUGCUGAGUCUCAUA